AGCCUCUAGCCAGUAAGCCGUGUCUACUCGUGCCUCGGUUACGUCCAGUGUACUUGUUUUGCUGCACAUAUUGUGUUUAUUUUUGUUUUAGUACAACUUGUUUACAUGUGCGUUGGAAUUGUAGAGGUUACACUAGGUUCAUUCGAAUUGUGGAGGUUACACUAGGUUCAGUUGCAUUGUGUAAAAAGAAGUGCCUCAGUUACAUUGUUUGAAUAUCUGUGUUGAAACGGUGUUUAUUUUUGUGUUAGUCAUGUCGUGUUUACGUUCUACCCGGAUGAGUUUCGACUUGCUUACAUGUGUCUCCACCACAUCUUAAGUUCGCGACUACAUCCCGCCCAUGCGACAGGUACGCUUCCUCCACCUUUGACCCAUUUCGUUAUUUUUUUUUUUUAAUUUAUUUAUUUAUUUAAUUUUUUUUUGCAGCUAUAUUUCUCAUGAAUCUGCCUCGUUGUGUCUCCACUGACAAAAAGUUCGGAGUUAACCUGACAUUGGAAGUCCCCGAGAAAGCGUGCGACUGGCUGAAAAGAAACAAUAGCAGCACGCGCAGGCCAUUCUUCCCCUUCCCUUCAACUCUCACCUUUACCUGUGCAGGUGACGUGUCUUUUUACUGCCGGUGGCACAGCCGGGAAGUCAGUGUCAAAUGUAACGUCCUGACAGCUCUCUCAACAUCCUUGUCGUCGAGAAAUACAUCUUGAUGUAGAAGAAAAGCUUGACCGUGGAAAUAUUGUCGUUGCAUGUCACUGGUUGAAAGAAGUGGCUUCUGUUGACAUUACAAGGGGUCACGUUCCUGAAACUGCCACAAAACUGCGGCAGUGUCUUUGCUUGAUCCUAACAUAACAGCUCUUGUACUGGCCGCCAUCACCUCUGCUCACUACUAAUGGAGGAACACAAAGAUUCUGCCCCAGUGCCUGGCGACCGCAUUCCUCCGAACCCAGCAUUAGAUCAACAGGUGGCUGACCCGGCAACAGGAAGGGAACAAGACACCAAUGAAAAGAGUGAAGAGGAAAACAACAUCAACAAAAACACAACGAAGUGUGCGGGCUACGCUAACCUCGCUUUCCAAGCGGAUGUAAAGACAGGAGAUAAUUUCAAAGAUAAUGGAAACGAUUCCAACGGCAUCGAACUACUGAAAUGGAACAGCAUUGGUGAACAAAAGAUGAGCUGUGCUGAUGACAAGAAUUCCAACGACGUGAAGGUAAUCGUGGGCAAGGCAGAUGACGUCGAAGGCGAAGAAGAAGCAGUUGUUGUGACAGAUGACGAGGACGAAGGCGAUGGGUGUGUCGUGUUCAGGAUGUUAGAGCUUGUGAAAAACGCCAUGUGGACACACAGAGAGUUCGUCAAAAAGAUCUGCUGCGUGAUCGUGUUCCUGUUGUUCCUCGCAUACUCCGGCUACUGUCUGUACCGCAACUGGGGGAGCGAAGGGGGCUACCGACUCCUGCUGCUGGUCUGUUUUGUCUUGUACCUGACCCUAGGGUACCGCUUAGUGAAGCCUGUGGUCAGGGUCGUCACCUCAGUACAUGUGCAGCCUCAAAGAGUCAAGUUUCUGCGGAAAGUAUUUCGAUGGGCGUGCUAUGUGGCAGGAUGUGGAGGGGCUGUGGCGUACAUCGCCAUCGACAUCGCACCUCGUCAGCCGCGAAACCUUCUCGCACUGGGAGGCAUCUGCUCCAUCGUCAUCAUCGGCUUCUUAAUCUCCACCAAUCAUCGAAUGGUCAACUGGCACGCGGUGUUUUGGGGGAUCGUGCUUCAGUUCUACUUUGCCAUCUUUCUUUUACGCAGUCCGGUGGGUCGCGAUCUGUUUAAGUGGAUCGGCGAUCGAGUUAUGGAGUUUAUUCAUUACACGGACUCAGGAUCUCGUUUCAUCUUUGGCGAGGCUUUCAUGAUGCACCGUUUUAUUUUCCAGAACAUGCCGGCCGUCAUUUUCCUCAACUCCAUCAUCGCUUUAGGCUACUACUAUGGUGCAAUACAGACUGUGAUAGCUACCUUCGGCAAGUUCCUUGCCAUGUGCCUCGGUACUUCGCCCCUCGAGUCCGUCAACGCUGCUGCCAACAUCUUUCUCGGCCCAACCGAAGCUCCCCUUGUAAUCAAGCCUUUCAUCGAGAAGGUGACCGUGUCCGAACUCUUCGCCGUCAUGACAGGAGGACUGGCCAGCAUUGCUGGAUCCGUGCUAGGGACACUGGCUAGCAUAGGGAUUCCAGCCAAUCACCUGCUGGCAGCCAACGUGAUGUCAGCUCCAGCGGCCUUAGCCGUGGCCAAGCUGAUGUGUCCACAGUCACGAGGGGACAAGAUUCUUACCGGCGACAGUGCUUACAAAAUAGAUUUUGGGGCCUACAGUAACGCACUGGAAGCGGUGUCGCGGGCGGCAGUGGAGGCGGUGAAAAUUGUCGCCACUAUCUGCGCCAACAUCCUUGUCUUCAUCGCGCUCCUGCAGUUCGCAGACCGCACGGUGGAGUGGUUCGGCGAUCAGGCUGGUGUGCCUCAUCUCACCUUGUCGCGGCUGCUGUCUUAUCUCUUCUACCCACUGGCCUACCUGACUGCCACCGACACUGAGGACGUCUUCGUUAUUGGUCGACUGAUCGGAGUCAAGAUUCUAACGAAUACACAGCUGGCUUACAUGCAGGCAGCUCAGAUCGCCAACAACACACUGAUACUAACAAAAUAUAAAGAGCUACACCCAAACGGAACGUGGUAUUACAACGGCGAUGACGUCAUCCUGGACGCCUUCAACCAGACAUUGACUGGGGGCGUCAUGACGGAAAGAUCGUUAGUCCUGUCUACCUACAUCCUAUGUGGGUUUUCAAAUUUCUCAGCGAUGGGCGUCACCUUGGGGACGCUAUCGGCAUUGGCGCCAUCUAGAUCAAGGGACGUGCUCAGAUAUUUAAUUCGAGCAGGUAUCGCGGCCAACCUCGCCUGCAUCCUCACCGGAUGUGUUGCCGGUAUGUCUGAUAUGUUCUACUCUUCCUUCUUUCUAUUUUGUCUCUAGCACACGCAACCACACGCACACACACGAGCGAGCAAACACUACAUAAUUUAGAAGUCUCGAAACCUUUUAUUUUUUUAUUGCAAUUUUAACUAGAUAAUUUACUUACACAUACCAACAGACUUGUAACUAACAUAAUUAAAUUGUUCUCUCAAUUUAUGCGCCUGCACUUACAAUCCAAUAUUUAUGUCUCUGGGUGUUGUAUCUGUCGUUCACUUAUUUUUUUAAUCACUCUUUGAGACCAGUUCUCAAGAUGAAACUACCAGUCAUCUGCUAAACAGUUGUCUGAUGAUCUCUGGAACUACAUAAGCAUUUCAUAAUUGUAUGAAUUAAAAUUUUUUUGAGAUGUUGCAAAGCCCAGUAUCUGAUUUACUUUACAUUAAAAUAACUUUAGGGUUAGUCCCUGUGUCGUGCAUACAUAUGUGUUUGGGUGUGCAUUAUAGAUAUCUUCAAAAUUUUACACUUUUUCAUCGUGAUUGGUGGGUUUUCCUCCCUUUCGUGCGCAGUGCCACGUGGUAUUCGGGCUUUUAUAACCGAUUCUUAAAUAUUUAAAUAUCUCCAAUAGACUUGACAAUGUUAUAUAUAUAUGUGUGUGCUGUUUUGAAGGUUUGGUAUACAUCUGACCAUGGCUAACUGGACAACACCCUAAGAGAAGACAAUCGUCAUCAUCACUGUGUCAUAUUUUGCAUAUACUAGUUAUAAUGUAAAUAUUUGUUUGUUUACAAAUAAAUAUAAUGAACUCUUUUA